AUGAACUACGCUCUGAUAGGCAUCACGACCGCCAUCUGUGGUAACAUUAUCAUUUCGGUUGCUCUCAAUCUCCAACGGUAUGCGCAUAUUCGUCUCGAGGCCGAUGUGAGUUCUCCGCAUUACACCUCUUCCAAAGUGUGGUGGUGUGGGUUGGCUCUGAUGACGAUAGGAGAGGCAGGCAACUUUCUGGCAUAUGCGUUUGCACCAGCGUCGGUCGUCUCUCCACUCGGUGUGUUUGCCAUUGUCGCCAAUUGCCUGAUUGCUCCUAUCGUGUUUAAGGAGCGGGUCAAGUGGAGCAACAUGAUGGGGGUAGCGGUGACGGUGGUAGGCAUUCUGUUUGUGGUUCUGAGUGCCACAAGUGCCCAGAGCGACACACGACCGGUGGAACCACGUGAUCCGCAUGCCAUGAUAAUGGCGGCUCUUCAACAGAAGUCCUUCCUCGUCUACAUUGUGUUUGUGUUUGUAUCGGCAACGCUGCUGUUGCAUUUCUCAAGGCAGCAGUUGCGUCAGCAGACGGCGCUCUUCGUCUACCUUGGUCUGGUGGCCCUCUUUGGCGCUCUGACUGCGCUGAGCACAAAAGCUGUGUCUUCACUGCUUUCUUUUGCAUUUCUUAGGGCGCUCUACGAUCCACUCACUUACGCUUGUGCGUUUGUUUUGGCUGCCACUGCUGUGUUCCAGAUCAACUUUUUGAACCGAGCUCUGCAGACCUUCCCCAGCACUGUGGUGAUUCCCACGCACUUCGUGCUGUUCACCUUGUCAGUCAUUGUGGGCUCUGCCAUGACCUAUCACGACUUUGAUGGCAUGACUCUCGGUCAGAUCACAUGCUUUGUGGGGGGAUGCAUCAUCACAUUUGGAGGAGUGACUGUAAUUGCGCGAACCGCUCCUGGUCGACCCAGACUGCAGCAAAACCCGAGCUAUUCGAGCUUCAGCACCCGGUCACCGACACCCACAGAGUCGCUGGCGAUUCCCAGCGAAGUGUCAGGUCUGUUGGAGGUACCUCCUGAUCCCACUCACCAGCUGGCAUCGUCUGCACCCGCGCCACAUCACCAUCAUCAUGCUCUGAGAAGAACUAGGUCGGCUCAUCUAGCAUUUGACCCUAUCGCACUUGGUGGAAUCAGUUUCUUUGUCGACAGCGCGAGAGAAUGGAGGAGCCAGAGCUUGGGACGAGGAGAGAGAGAGGAGCCCUAG